CUUCAUUCGCCGCGCGACGUUCUCAGCAGUUCGAUUCGGCCGGCGAGCUCCCAAAUAAGUACCAACCAUAUAAACUGACACCUGACGCGAGGCACCGGAGCCAUAACAAAAGCCGCCGAAAUGGCCUUCAUGCCGUGCUUCUAUGUGCCUAAGCGGAUCAACCUGGCGAUCAUGCUCUUCAUGGCCUGUCUUCUCAGCUACAUGAUGCGGGUGAAUCUCUCGAUCAACAUCAUCGCCAUGGUAGAGGAUACAAGCAGCCACGAGAAUGGAACGGAAGUGGAGGUCCUGCCCAAUUAUGGACCACGUUAUAACUGGACCCAAUCGGAUCAGGCCCUUCUUUUGGGUGCCUAUUUCUAUGGCUAUAUGAUAACCUCUUUGCCAGCCGGAACCUUGGCUGAAAUGCUUGGAGCUCGAAAUGUAGCCGGUUAUAGUUGCCUGGUGGCCGGAAUCCUUACGGCUCUGACUCCGGCGGCAGCCGCCUGGGACAAAUAUGCGGUGUUCGCCGUUCGUUUCAUGAUUGGUUUUCUCAAUGGCGUGGUGUAUCCAUGUUGCCACAGUCUUGUGUCCAAGUGGUCACCUCCAGAUGAAAAGGGAAAGUUUGUGGCCUCUUUGAUGGGAGGAACUUUUGGCACGGUCAUUACUUGGCCAAUCAGUGGAGUGAUCAUCGAGAAUCUAGGCUGGGAUUGGGCCUUCUACAUUGUGGGCAUAUUUGUGUUGGUUGUGGUGGCCAUUUGGUUCUACUUGGUGGCCGAUACUCCCGCUCAGCAUAGCACAAUCAGCCUGAAGGAGCGGGAAUACAUUGAGAACAGUUUGGGAAGCACUCUGAGCAACAAGAAGAAGUGGCCUCCAUACAAGGAGCUGAUCCUGUCCCUUCCCUUCUGGUCGCUGAUGAUGCUCCACUACGGCAGCAUGUGGGGCUUGUUCUUCUUGAUCACCGCCACGCCCAAGUUCUUGAGCGAGGUCCUGGGCUUCAAUCUCUCCUCUGCCGGUUUCCUGUCCAGUCUGCCUCAUGUGGCACGUCUGCUGUGUGCCUUUGGAUUUGGCGCAGUGGCGGAUUGGAUUCGCCGACGCGGUUGGUUGUCCGUAACACGCAUGCGAAAGGCCUUCUGUCUGCCCUCUCACAUCUUGCCUGGUGUUAUGCUGAUUAUCCUGGCCUACUUUGGUCGCGAUCCGUACGUUUGUGUGGCCAUUAUGACCAUUUCUCUGGGUUUCAACGGUGCUGCCACGGCCUCCAAUUUGGCCAAUUCUCAGGAUUUGGCACCCAACUAUGCGGGCACGCUGUAUGGAAUCAUCAAUUGCAUUGGCACCACUCCGGGAAUCUUCUCUCCCCUGAUUGUGGCCGCUUUCACGAAAAACGAGAACACCAUCGAUCAAUGGCACUGGGUCUUCAUAAUUGGAGCCGCUGCCUAUAUAUUGCCUGCGCUGUUUUUCUGGGUCUUCGGUUCGGGCAAGAUCCAGAAAUGGAACGAGGUUCAAACCACCGAGUCGCGCGAGGAUAUUGUCAACACAAAGUUGUAGUUUGUGCCCUGGCAAUCAUCUGUGAUGUUGUAUUCUUAGUAUUAUGCCAUAACUACGAUGUGUACUUGUUUAUAGAGAGUCCUAUUAAAGCUUUAGCUGUGUAUUUAUUAUUAA